CCCAGAUAUUGACAAUUACUUCACUGUGUGGAGCCAGCUGGCACAAAAUUGAUUAUGUUCUUGUUCUUAUCAGGCUAGAAGACUGCACACCGCACUCACUAAACCUGUCAAACUUGUUUCCUUUCUUGCUGCGGUGACUGUCAUUAUUUUCCAGCCUCCCGGUCCUAACCUGCUGAUACAGAUCAGAUGGUGGCUGAAUAGAAGCUGCCCUAGUCCCGGGUUCAUGAUGUACGCACCUGUUGAAUUUUCAGAAGCUGAAUUCUCACAAGUUGAAUAUCAACGAAAACAGCAAUUUUGGGACUCAGUGCGGCUAGCUCUUUUCACAUUGGCAAUUGUAGCAAUCAUAGGAAUUGCAAUUGGUAUUGUUACUCAUUUUGUUAUUGAGGAUGAUAAGUCUUUUUAUUACCUUGCCUCUUUUAAAGUCACAAAUAUCAAAUACCAAGAAAAUUAUGGCCUGAAAUCUUCAAGACAGUUUAUAGAAAGGAGUCAUCAGAUUGAAAGAAUGAUGUCUAGGAUAUUUCGACGUUCUUCUGUAGGCAAUCGAUUUAUCAAAUCUCAUGUUAUCAAAUUAAGUCCAGAUGAACAAGGUGUGGACAUUCUUAUAGUGCUCAUGUUUCGAUAUCCAUCUACUGAUAGUGCUGAACAAAUCAAGAAAAAAAUUGAAAAGGCUUUAUAUCAAAGUUUGAAGACCAAACAGUUGCCUUUUACCAUAAACAAACCAUCAUUUAGACUCACACCUCUUGACAGCAAAAAGAUGAGGAAUCUUCUCAACAGUCGCUGUGGAAUAAGGAUGACAUCUUCAAACAUGCCAUUACCAGCAUCCUCUUCUACUCAAAGAAUUGUCCAAGGAAGGGAAACAGCUAUGGAAGGGGAAUGGCCAUGGCAGGCCAGCCUCCAGCUUAUAGGGGCAGGCCAUCAGUGCGGAGCCAGCCUCAUCAGUAACACAUGGCUGCUCACAGCCGCUCACUGCUUCCGGAAAAAUAAAGACCCAACUCAAUGGGUUGUUACUUUUGGUACAACUAUAACACCACCUGCAGUGAAACGAAAUGUGAAGAAAAUUAUUGUUCAUGAGAAUUACCAUAGAGAAACAAAUGAAAAUGACAUUGCUUUGGCACAACUCAGUACUGGAGUUGAGUUUUCAAAUAUCGUCCAGAGAGUUUGCCUCCCAGAUUCAUCUAUAAAGUUGCCACCUAAAACAAGUGUGUUUGUCACAGGAUUUGGAUCCAUUGUAGAUGAUGGACCUACACAAAAUAAACUUCGGCAAGCCAGAGUGGAAACCAUAAGCACUGAUGUGUGUAACAGAAAGGAUGUAUAUGAUGGCCUGAUAACUCCAGGAAUGUUAUGUGCUGGAUUCAUGGAAGGAAAAGUAGAUGCAUGUAAGGGUGAUUCUGGUGGACCUCUGGUUUAUGAUAAUCAUGACAUCUGGUACAUUGUAGGUAUAGUAAGUUGGGGACAAUCAUGUGCUCUUCCCAAAAAACCUGGGGUCUACACCAGAGUGACUAAGUAUCGAGACUGGAUUGCCUCAAAGACUGGUAUGUAGUGUGGAUUGUCCAUGAGUUGUACACAUGGCACACGGAGCUGAAACUCCUGCACAUUUUGUAUUAUUUAUAUUUAUGUAGUUUGGAUUAGUGCUUUUGGUUGCUGUCAAGAAACCCUUCAGACCCAGACAAAUCUAAUAUCUUGAGGUGGCCUUUACGUACGUAAGACCAAACUCUGUCUACCAUGAGGGAAGAAGACAGCAAAUGACAGAUAGCACCUAUUCCUUACUCACAAGGGAAGCUGCUUGUAUUACUUCCUAAUAAGAUAAAUAAGUGGUUUCCCUCAAUCGAAGACGGGAACAUCAUUUUCCACAGGAUAUGAAGAGCUGCCAGUGCUGCCAAAAUUAUACCUCAUAUAAUACCUGGAGCACCUGAGAUUCUUCCUUGUGAAAAAAGCGGUCUGCCUUGAAGACUCAGAACUUCAACAUUCUAGAACUAAUAAGUGCACAUUCAGUGUGCAAGAAUGGAGAAGCAUGGGAUUUGCAAUAUAACUUGAACUCUAACCUGGGCUUAUAUCUAAUAAUACAGAGGACUAUCAUUAACCUCAAGAGUUGACAUUUUAAAAGUAUUUAAAUGUAUCUGAACUUGCUGUUAACACAGUGUUAUAUACUCAAGCACUAGCUUCGGGAAGUAUAUUGUGUUGUUAAGAAGCAUUUCUGAUUUAUUCUUUAACGGCAUCUUGCCAUCCAUAUGUUAGUUGCAGUCAGCCCAGAAAGCGGGGAAGAAACUUGGGAGCAUUUUUCCAUGAGUACAAGGAGAAUAAUAGAAGUGGAUGAAGGCUAGGAGAGUUGGUUUCAAAUAAUUAGUAACAGGACAAGCACUCUAAUUUUUUAUGAAAUGAGCCACCUAAUUAUUUACGUAGAAAUAUUUAUAUCAGUAUAUGGCAACUGGUACUUUUGAAAGUCUUCAGCUCUCUGACAAGUCAGACAUCUGUCAGAGUAUCAGGUCAGCUGUCUAUCAGAAUAUCAGAGCUGAUUUGUGUAAAGCUUUGUGUGAAGCACUUAGGACAGUGCCUGACAUACUAUGCACUGAAUAAAUCAUUGUUACAUGGAAAUGAAUGCCUUGGCAAGCUUUGAGAUAAAUGAACUCAAUUUUUUCAGAUAAGUAUUACAUACAGCUCAAAUCCUAGUGAUGGUAGUAGUGGUAGAAAGCACGGGCUUUGAACCAGUCUGCUCAAGCUGGAACAUUGUCUCUGCCUCAUACGAGCCUUGUGUCCUUGCUCAAGUUACUUAACAUCUCUCUUCAUUAACUCUUUCACCUCUACAAUGGGAAUAAAAGUGGCACUACCUCAUAUAGUUAUUCUGAGAAUUAAAUGAAUUAAAACAAGUAAAACACUUGCAAUAGUGUCUGCACACAGUAGGUUCUCAAUAUGGAUUAGCUACUAUUUAUCAUUAAUAAUGUGUUUUAGAAUCAAUAAAACUUACCAUACUGCUAAAAAAUUAAUCCUUGCUUCUUUAAAGCCAUGUAAUUGAUUUCAAAGUACUUUUAAUUACAUGGUAAAACAAAUUUGGUGAGCUACUAUUUUUUCAAAAUCACUUUUAGGUCUCAAUAUAUUUUGAACUAUGUCUGCGUAUAGACAAGUAGUCAUCGGAUGUGACCAUCAUCUGUCAGCAUGGUUGUGAAUACACAGAUGCAUCCAUAUUCAUCCAUAGAUCUUAAAUAUGAGAUUAGAUUUGCUGCUCUGAUUUAUUAGAGAAAAAUCUAGACUAUUCAUUUCCCUAGUGUUGGAACAUUUUGUUAAUUUACAUGUAUAUGUGUUUAUAUGUAAUAUAUAUAAAUGAAAGAAAUACAACUAAAAAUAUCUCCCAGUUAUUAUUUAUAUCUCAGUAAGACAUAAACACAAAAAGCUUAUCAUGCACAUUUCCUCUUUAAAAACAAAAUGUCAUCAAAUUUCUGAGUCGAUGACUAGUAGAAAUAACUAAAUACCACUGCAGAAAGCCAAGUAAAAACUUAAAUUCUUAGUUUCCUUCCCUUAAACUCCUAUAGUUUGCAUAUAGUACAGAAACUUUUAAAGUUUUCAAGAAUAUUUAGCAUAUUAAAGAUGGGCUUGAUUGAUGAUGAGCAUAUUUCAUAUUAAAGCCAAACAAUUCCUUUAGUAGAAAUGGGAAAGCAAAUCUGUCUACCAAAAAAUCACCUUCCUCUAUGUAAUUUCUAUAACAGUGGAUAUGUGUUUUGUGUAAUUUUAUUUAUAUGUGGUAAGACUGUGAUACCUUUUUGUGUAUAAGUAUCUGUGAAACUAUGUGUACUGAUUUAAAUAUUUCUGUGCUUAAUUCAAUUGAGCUCAGUGAUAUUUAAGCACAAAUGAGAGAAAUAAAUAAAAAAGGUUAAAAGAAAAUCUA